AUGACGCAGUAUUUACCACCGAACUUGCUUGCCCUCUUUGCUCCCCGCGAUCCUAUUCCGUACCUGGCACCACCAGACAAGCUUCCGCAUGAAAAGAAAUCCCAGGGCUACUUGGGAGUCGGAGGAUUCCUCGAUUGUUUCGAGGAUCCCAAGGACACACCUCCUCCUACGCGCGUUGAAACUCGUGAGGAGCGCCUAGAAAGGCGUCGCAGGGAACGAGCCGAACAGGUUGCGUACAAGCUCGAGCGAGAAAUAGCUACAUGGGAUCCGAACCAGCUGCUGGAAGCGACGGAAGAUCCGUUCAAAACUCUGUUCGUUGCUCGCAUUAAUUAUGACACAUCAGAAUCGAAGCUUCGACGAGAGUUUGAAAUUUACGGUAAUAUUAAGAAAAUUAUCAUGAACAACGACAAGGAAACGGGCAAGCCGCGUGGAUACGCUUUUAUUGAGUAUGAACAUGAACGGGACAUGCAUGCGGCCUACAAACACGCGGAUGGUAAGAAAAUAGACGGUAAGCGUGUCCUGGUGGACGUAGAGCGAGCCCGCACAGUGAAAGGAUGGCUCCCACGAAGACUCGGUGGUGGAUUGGGUGGUACGCGACGUGGUGGUCCCGACGUGAACAUCAAGCACUCUGGCCGCGAGGACAACGAGCGCGAACGGGAACGUUACCGACUCGAGCGCGAACGGGAGGAUCGCGAUCGUCGGGAACGGGAUCGGCCGGAAAAUCGGUUUGAACGACGUAGAUCUCGUUCUCGUGAUCGCGAUCGGCGCCAUCGGAGUAGAUCGAAAGAUCGCAACCGGCGCCGUCGUAGUCGCGAACGUGAGAUGGAAGAACGUGGCGACCGGUGGGAUAAGGAUCGUGAGCGUGAGCGCGAGCGGAGCAGAGAUCGGGACAAGGAUCGGAAACGGAAGCGUAGCCGCUCGCGCGAACGCGAUCGAGCCGAAAAGAACCGGCACAAGCGCAGUGAACGCGAUCGUGGAGGCGAUCGUGAUCGGGGUGAACGUGGUGGUGGUGGCCCAGGGAAUAGCGGUGGCGAGCGCAAGGAACGUAAACCUGACUUCCGCGAUGGGGAGAUCAAGAUCAAGGAGGAACCGAUCGAUGAUUAUCCCGACUACAGUGCCCAAUACUCGCAGUACCAGUCGCAGGUUAAGUAUGAGGAUGGUGAAGAGGAGAAGUAUCAUCCGCACGAGCACGAACCUCCGCAUCUUCGAGCGGACAAUGGACGCGGCUAUACCACCAACAAUGGGGACGAUGAUGGUGAUUAUGACAACGGUCAGGGCUACUAAUCGAAGGACUGCGUGGCGAAGGACACGCAGCUGGCGGGUAUCAUUGUUCCCGAAUUCUGGGAAAACACCCGCACGGCUAUGGUCCGCGCACAAGAAAAGCGCCUUCCAAUUGCAGCUUCCAAUUCCAAGGGGUAACAUGCGUUCAUGCUGCUGUGUAGUUUCUUAGGUUAAAUUUUUCUUGAUAACAAAGUAUCUUUUCGUCCUCUGCCGUUCGCUGUAGUGUUGCGCACAAUGUACGAGCCGAGUUGCAUCGGCAGCCUGUAAUUUGUUGAGCUGUUUUUCUAACGCAUUUCCUGUGCAAAACGUACGCUUCGUCCAAACGACGUUAUGCCACGUUUAUUGUAGCCUGUACGCAGUGCUUUUCCAUUUCCACAAGCUGUAAAAGUGGCACUCUAUUUGAUUGAACUUUGGGAUUGUAAUGUAAUGUAAUGAUCUCGGCCUGUUGAUUAAAGGUGUCGAUUUAUGUUGUGGAUAUGCUUGUCGCGUUUGGAUACGCAACGGAGCUGGCAAUGUAAGUUAAAGUAAUGCCAAGAAGGAGGAGCAGCUUUAAGUGCACCUCGAAAUUUUCUCCUCUAAACGGAUGAGCUAACGCAUAAUCUCGUUGUGUCCGUGGGUCAGGAAGAAACUCCGGCACCGACAGAGUUUUCCCACAGUACUGUGUACGUAAACAUUUCAAUAAAUUCAUAUGCAACA